UGGUUAUAUUAUAUCACCUUACAGCUCGAGAUGUAAAGUGAUGCAAUAUAAACAAAAACAUAUAUAAAUGAAAGAUUAUAGUGGAUGGAAUAUAAAAAGCUGUGCGAAUAUCAUUACAAGCAAGAGUAACAGGUUUCAAAAAUACCGGAGAUAAAACAUGAAUUCAACAUGGAAACUGCUUCUUGGAAUAACGUUGUGCAUCAACACCAUCGUUAGUUCUUUUUCUAUAUUUUCCUUGCUUGGAUUAAAAAAGAAUGAGGAUCAUUGCAAUGACUUGGAAUGUCCGAAAUAUACAGUCAAACAAACAUGGGGUAGCUUUGAGUUGCGACAUUAUCCUUCUUAUAAAUGGGCAGCUGCAGUUCAGGAAGGUCUGGAUUAUGAUGAUGCUGGGCGAUUAAAUUUCAAGAAGUUAUUUCGUUACAUAUCUGGUGCAAAUGACAAAGGAGUAAAGAUACCGAUGACAGCUCCAGUUAUCAAUCAAAUCACAAUAACGCAAGGACCAUUCUGCGCUGCGAACUUCACGAUGAACUUUUUCGUGCCGUAUGAAAGUCAACAAGCGCCACCAGCUCCUAACAACCCUGACGAUAAGGUGCAUAUAGUUGAAAUGCCAGAAAUGAAAGUGUAUGUUCGUUCAUUCAGUGGAUACGCUGAAAUUGAUGAUAUUCAAGAAAACGCAGAAAAACUGGCUAAAGAUUUGAAAAAAAAUGGAAUCACUUUCGAUGAAAAACAUCUUUUAUUCGCGGGUUACGACAGUCCGUUUAAGUUAUUGUUCAGACACAAUGAAGUUAUGUUGUAUGGAAAAUAAAAAUUUAAGCUUUGUAAAGGAAAAAUGUAUUAUGAUAUCAAACACGUGGUUUUAGUGAUUUA